CUACUCACCAGAGUCGAGUCGGGUCGGACAUUCAGUCCGCGACGGACUACGAAGCCGUCGACAUCGGGCGCAUGUCCGUGUCAUCGUGCUCGUCGCGGAGCUAGAGUGAUACACAGUGAUCAUCAUUCUCGGUGUGCGUCACGUGCGUUACGUGUGUCGACGACAUGAUUCGAGGAGGCUGAAAAGCACAGUUAAGAGAUUCACUUAACGCGAAGACCGGUAGGACCUUCAAUUUCGCGACGACAUGGUGUACCACUGGCAGAGCCAAAAUGUCAAAAUUUCCGGGGUGGACGAUAUGGUCCUCCUGCCCAAGGUCAACGAGGAUGCCAUCAUCGAGAAUCUCAAAAAGAGAUACAUGGACGAUUACAUAUUCACAUGUAUUGGACCCGUAUUGGUAUCGGUCAAUCCGUUCAAGCAGAUGCCGUAUUUCGGAGAGAAGGAGAUCGAGAUAUAUCAAGGCGCGGCGCCCUACGAAAAUCCACCGCACAUCUAUGGAUUGGCCGACGAAAUGUAUAGAAACAUGCUGAUUGACAACGAAAGUCAUUGCGUCAUUAUAAGCGGUGAAUCUGGCGCUGGAAAAACGGUUGCCGCAAAAUACAUAAUGUCCUAUGUGGCAAGAGUGAGCGGUGGCGGCAGGAAGGUACAGAAGGUAAAGGACGUGAUCCUGGAAUCGAACCCGCUUUUGGAAGCCUUCGGCAAUGCAAAGACCAUGAGAAAUAAUAACAGUAGUAGAUUUGGAAAAUAUGUUGAGAUGCAGUUCGGCUCGGGCGGUCAGCCGAACGGUGGCAAGAUCUCGAAUUUUCUUUUGGAAAAGUCGAGGGUGACGUGUCACAAUCCCGGCGAGCGAAAUUUUCAUAUAUUUUAUCAGCUGGCGACAGGCGCCAAUCAGGAGAUGAAAGCGGAAUUUGGAUUAACGGAUCUCGAUUAUUAUCAAUAUCUGAAUUACGGUGGCAAUCAUAGGGUGGAUGGCACGAACGAUGCGCGGGAUUUUCAGGAAACCCUUAAAGCGUUGGGCGUUAUGGAUAUGCAGGAGACAGAAGUGAUUGAUAUAUUCAGAUUGGUAGCUGGGAUACUUCAUGUGGGAAAUAUACAGUUUGCUGAGAACGGCAAUUAUUCGCAGAUAGCCGAUAAGCAAUUUCUCGAGUUUCCUGCCUAUCUCUUUGGAAUUUCGGCAGAACAGCUAUCGCACAAGCUAAUUUCUCGAGAAUUCGAGUCGAAAUGGGGGAGUCAAUCUGAGAGCGUGGAUGUGACCCUGAAUGUAGAACAGGCGCUUUAUACGAAGGAUGCCUUAGCAAAGGAUAUCUACGCCCGACUUUUCGACUAUCUGGUUAAGAAAGUCAAUUUCGCUAUGGAGACAAAUACGGAUGGAUACGAGAUCGGGAUUUUAGACAUAUACGGCUUCGAGAUCUUUGAGAAGAACGGUUUCGAGCAGUUCUGCAUCAAUUUCGUGAACGAAAAAUUACAGCAGAUCUUCAUCGAGCUCACGUUAAAGGCAGAGCAGGUAAGCUUCUAUUGAUACAAUUUUCUUUCUAAUUUACACUAUAGUAUAUCUAGCGUUUCAUCAUAUCUCUUUUCUUUAAAAAUAAAAAUUCAAUUGCCAAAGAAUAGGAGAAAGUAAAAAUGUUUUAUCAGCAUGCGCAUACUUUCUCACUUAUCGUUACAAGUUAAUAUAUUUUAUAUAUACUCUAUUAUCUUAAUUCUAUAUUAGACAAUUAUAUAUAUGUAUUACAAGCAUAUAUUAAUCUGUAUAAAUAACGAUAUAUAUAGUACUCUUAUAUAUGUAUGAUAUAUACCGUAAGUCGUCUCUACCCGGCAUAUAAAUUAAACUCUUAAGCCCGACUCGACGUCAAAUUUAUUGAUUUAAUGACGUUAGAGUCUCGCCGAGGCAAGAUAAUGUUUUUUCGUGCAAUCACAGCUACCCCACAUCGAGGUUUCCAAGGUUUCGUGCCACUUGGAAAAUAUGUCGGAUUUACAACUUUAAUUUAAUUACUAUGUAAAAGACGAAAAAAAAAAACUCGAAAAAAUAAUUAUCAACGCUCUUUAUAAAGCUAGCGGUACGUGAAUAAUUACUUCAUAAUAAAAUUUCUCUGCCGUU